AUAUGAAGAAGAGUGAGAGACUGGGGAAAGGACUAACACAGACUUCUACCCAGGGGAAUAAUAAGCAGAGCCAGUGCAGGAGUCAGAAUAGGGGAGAACGCAGCAGUCACCAGUGCACAGCUGUACAAGAAACACUGACAGUUGGAAGGCUGCGAAGUCCCUAAGGCAUCUCCCGCCUUGACACCCAAGCAAAAACAGAGCAGCAUCUGAAGGCUCACCAAGGAAACCCCUGCUCUUUGGAAAGCUUUUUGGUCCUGGAUAAUCAUAAUGAAGAAAUGUCAGAUGGCCAAUUGCAGCAUGGACCUGGAAUGUUACCAGGUCCUCAGCAGCCACACUCAGAAAACAGGCAUAACUGUGCUGUGCUCCAUUGUUGGGAUCCUGUGUGUUUUGGAAAACUCUUUGGUGUUGUAUCUGAUAUUUGCUUCCCCUAAGAUCAGGAAAAAGCCUUCCUACCUCUUGAUCAGCAGCCUGGCCUUAGCAGAUGUCCUGGCCAGCGUUGUAUUUGUCUGCAGCUUUCUUGAUUUCCAUGUCCUCAACAGCACUGAUUCCUCUAAAGAGAUCUUCUUGCUGAAGCUUGGAGGGGUCAACACAUCCUUCACCGCGUCCUUGGGCAGCUUGCUGAUGAUGGCAUUUGACCGCUAUGUCUGUAUCCAUCGGCCAUCGGAAUACAAGGUCAUCGUGACGAGGAAAAGGGUUGUGGUGGCUAUGGCUGUGAUGUGGAUAGCUACCAUGAUUACUGCCUUCCUACCUCUAAUGGGGUGGAACUGCUGCAAGGUAAACUCAGUGGGGUGGAACUGCUCUGAGCUGUUUCCCUUUGUUGAUAACAAGUAUCUGUCAAGCUGGAUCUGCCUAGUAAUGAUUCUACUGCUGUGUAUAGUGUACGCCUAUGUCCGGGUGCUGUGGAAGGCCCAUAAGCACACAGUGUACAUGGAGAAACGCCAAACCCAGGCUGGGCAGCGGAAUGCAAAGAUGAGGAUGGACAUCACGCUCGCCAAAACAUUAGUGAUGGUCCUGGCCAUUGUCAUGACAUGCUGGUCCCCAGUGCUGGCUCUCAUGACGUACAGCCUCUUCGUCAGCCUGAAUGAUAACAUCAGAAAGGUGUUCGCCUUCUGCAGCACCCUCUGCCUGGUGAACUCCAUGGUGAAUCCCAUUGUCUACGCCCUACGAAGCAGGGAGCUGCGCUCCUCUUUGAGGAACACUAGCUCGCGGUUCAGGAAGAAGGUGAGCAUCUCAGAGAGCAUCCCGGAAGCAGACAGCAUUCAGAAAUCCUCACAGAUAGAAACCAUCUGUUACGACACUGUGUGCAACACGGACAUGAAUCUGCUGAAAGUCUGACUUUUGACGCGGGAAAAAUAUGACAGUUAUUUGGAUUGUUUCUUUGAAAAGGAAGAAAAUCUAAAGCUGCUUUUCUUUGUAGCUCCUGGGAGGAUUCAUGACUGAAUGCCUUGCCUGGGAAAUGAAGCCAUUUGGCUGUAAUGGUAUUAUGAAACGUUUGCAGAUCACACCCUCCCUGUGCCUGGGACUUUACUUAGUGAGUAAAAGACAUGAGGCCAGAUUUGUAAUGGUAUUUAGGCACCUAACUCCCAUUGAUUUCCAAGGGAAUUAGCUGUCUAAGUAUCUUUAAAAAUCUGGGCUGCUGGUCCCUGUCCUCUAAAGGCACCCAACCAAAGGAAGACUGGACCAACUCUCCCAUACGAAUAGUACUUGCAGGAUGGAGCCUUCAGUGGGUCUUAUGCCCAGAUACUCAAAGGUAUUUAGGCUCCUGACUUCCACUGAAAUCAGUUGGUGCCUAAGUAGCUUUGAGGAACUGGGCAGUCUGAGAGCCUCAGUGUUUCGGAGUUUGAUUGUAUUGCCAGGAACAUUUACAGCCAAGUAUGGCUCCAAAGGAAACGUAUGAAUGUGGUUUACUUCUCAUCCAACUAAGGAGGCACAUUUAUCCCUAGUAUAAUUUCACUGACUUCACCGGGACUACACCAAAGAAGAAUUGAGCCCUUUGGCUGGAAUUAUCGAGCAGCUGUUAUAAGAAGUUGCUGUAUUGUUUUGUCCAGAAAUGCAGUAUGUGCUGAAGAUGUUUUAGACUCUAGGCAGGCAAGUGCUGGAUAUUUGUGCCUAGGAAAUAAGACAUUCCAGAAGUAUCUUUUGCAGAACAUGUCAACUGGACACAGACAAAAUAACACAAGCACCAGUCAGUACAUGGGGCCAAGGGCAUGUCAUAAAGCAGGGGUUGGCAACCUUUCCGAAGUGUUGUGCCGAGUCUUCAUUUAUUCACUCUGAUUUAAGGUUCCGCG